AUGAUUUUGCAAGAGGUGUGGGCCACCGGUGGUCCACAUCGUCUCCAUCGGCAAAGAGUGCGUGGUCCAUCGGUGGCUCACACCGUCAACAACUCUGAAACCUUGCCACAAAACGUUCAAGUGCCAUUCGACGGUCAGCGGGUAUUCAUCGUUGAUACAGUUCCAUCUAAUGCAGGAACUUAUACUUGCAUUGUACGAAAUUCAGCUGGAGAAAGUCGAAAGAACAUACAUGUUACUGUAUUGGAACCUCCCGAAUUCAUCGAAAAACAAUUUGAUCAAAAUGUCCGAGUAAUCAGCGGUUCACCGCUAAGCUUAGCCUGUCUUGUGAAAGGCCAUCCUCAACCACUGAUUGAAUGGAGAAAGGAUGGUCAAACUAUCACAGACAAUGUGUUCAGCGGUUCACCGCUAAGCUUGGCCUGUCUUGUAAAAGGCCAUCCCCAACCGCUGAUUGAAUGGAGAAAGGAUGGUCAGACUAUUACAGAAAAUGUGUUCAGUGAUAAUGGGCAACGUUUGACUAUGGAUUCGCAAGGAAUGACGACACAUCGUUUCACAUGUCUUGUAUCAAACAAAGCUGGUUCGGUUGCGAGAGAUUUCUUCGUCCAAGAGUCCGAAGGAAUAUUUACCGUUGAUAAAAGCACAUUGAUGUUGGUAAAUGCACAAAAAGAUCAUGAAGAUACUUUUACGUGCAUAGCAAAGAAUAGUGCUGGUGAAGCUGCACGAGAUUUUGAAGUUGUAGUGUUGAUUGCUCCACAUAUCAAGGGAUCAUUGGUAGAAGAUGUGGAAGUUGUGGAAGGUUAUGAGAUGACUUUGGAUUGUGAUUUCGAUGCAAGUCCUGAACCUGUAGUACAAUGGACAAAGGAUGGGGAUUCGUUACCAAGAACUGCUCAGCUGCUUAAUGGAGAUCACACCUUGGCAAUGAGUGGAGUGACACGAAAUAGUGCUGGCGUCUUUCGUUGUGCAUUAUCAAACAAGGCUGGUUCAGCCGAAAAGACCUUCAACGUGCGAGUUGUCCAGAAACCUGAUCUCGAAAAUAGUGAUGAGAUCACCGUAGUGAAGGUUUGA